AUGUCUUUCUCAAAUAAUAAAAAAGAUUUGAUCCGAAUUGAAGAAGAUAUAAAGAUUCAAAAACUUGAUUAUAAUACAUUUGAAGAUAUCAAGCUAAUCGCAACAGGAGGAUUUGGAGCAGUCAAUCGUGCCUAUUCGAAAGUUUUUAAAAAACAUGUUGCCUUAAAAUGUUUGUUCGAUGGAAAUAGUGAUAAUUUUUAUAAAGUAUUUAUGAACGAGUUAAAAAAUAUUAAAGCAGUAAAUCGUCACGAAAAUAUUAUUAAAUUUUAUGGAGUCAGUAUAGAUCAAGAAGAAAAGAAAUGCUACCUAGUGUUGCAAUACGCUAAAGACGAUAAUUUAAGAACUUACUUACGAAAUAACUUCGAAAAUCUCAAUUGGAAAACUAAAAUUAAUCUGGCUCAAGAUAUAGCAAAUGGAUUAUGUUAUAUACAUAAAGCAAAUAUUCUUCAUCGAGAUUUACAUUCAAAGAAUGUUUUGGUUCAUAAAGGAAAAUUAUUGAUAACAGAUUUUGGCUUGUCUAAAAUAUUAGAUACCAAUUCUAAUUCCUUUAAAGGAGGAAUGUACGCUUACUUAGACCCUGAAUAUUUACGAAAUUCGAUAACGUAUAAAAGAGAUAAAGCUUCUGAUAUUUAUAGUUUGGGGAUGCUUUUUUGGGAGCUAUCAAGUGGAAAACCUCCAUUUGGUAAUCUUUCAAGUUUACAAAUAUCAGAAAUGGUUAAAUCUGGUAAAAGAGAAGCAUCCAUUAAUGGAACACCGGAGGAUUAUAUCAAAAUCUAUUCCGAUGCAUGGUUAGACGAUCCAAAGCAAAGACCAAUUAUAGAAGAUAUUUGUGAUUCUCUUGAAAAUAUUCAAUUCGAAAACAUAUAUUAUAGUUCUACCGAAAUUUGUCAAUCAAAUAAACCUAUGGAACCUUACAGUAGUGAUUUUAUAUCAUUGGGACUGAAACAGGAAUUACAAAAACACAAACAACAAAGUGUAAAGGAUCAACAGGAAUUACAAGAACUCAAGCGACAAACUGUAAAGGAUCAACAGGAAUUACAAGAACUCAAACAACAUCAACAGGAAUUACAAGAACAAACCGUAAAGGAUCAACAGAAAUUACAAGAACUCAAAGAACAAAAUGUAAAGGAUCAACAUGAAUUUCAAGAACUCAAGCAACAAACCGUAAAGGAUCAACAGGAAUUACAAGAACAAACCGUAAAGGAUCAACAGGAAUUACAAGAACUCAAAGAACAAAGUGUAAAGGAUCAACAUGAAUUUCAAGAACUCAAGCAACAAACCGUAAAGGAUCAACGGGAAUUACUAGAACUUAAACAACAAAUUAUAGAAUUAAGAGAAGAGAAUGCAAAGUAUCAGGUGGAAAAUGUUCAAUGUGAGGACUUGAAGAAAGAUAUUGAACAAUUGCAAGAGACUUUAUCGAAAUACGUUACAGAUUUACAAAAUGAAGCAUCAUCUAUUAAUUAUGAUAAUGUGAAUAAACUUUUACAGAAAUACGAUUCACUAACAGUAAUUGACUCAUCUAAUCCAGACAAAAUCCUAAUCAAAGCAGCUUUACAACGUCAUUUGUUGGAAGAAAUUUUCCAUUAUUCAAAAGAAUAUUUUAAAACUAUUCAAGAAAUGAAUCAUACAAAUUCGCUUGUGUCAAAUUUAACAAAAAAAACUGAUCAAUUAUCGAAUUUAAUGAUUCGAUUUUUGACAGAGCAUAAUGAUGACAAUAGAUUUACACUUGUCUCCAAAAUAAAAUUACGUAAACUUAUUUAUGAUGUCCUUGGUAGACAUGGAUUUAAUAAUGAUCAUCCUUUUAUCUUGGAUGUUAGCCAACCAAUUCCUCUUUAUUGUUUUUUCAAAAGUGGAGAUAAAAUCGAUGAAACAUUCAUGAAUGUAGUGGGAAGUUCUGAGGAACCUUAUAGGGAAGUCGUGGAUGUUUGUUCUUUCCCAAUGAUUGGAAAAGACUUGAGUGAUCCUUCUAAACGUAUGAUACUUACAAAAGCCAAGGUCUGCUCACGAAUUAAUUCAGUUUGGUUUGAUUUUCUAACUGAAGUUUCCGGGUGA